AUGGCAUCGGCUGGCCCGAUAUCUCGCUGGCUGCCUCAGCCAUUGGAGGCACCUGAGCCGACUUCUUCUCUUCCCUUAUUGCCGGAUAUCGAACGACGUGGAGCUGGCGGUAUCACCGAAAUCACGCCUGUUGCGGGGCCUAUUUCGGCGCCUACCCAGAGCCCAUUCACGAACGACGAGCCAAUAAAACCAACGACCUCUCAGAAACUAACGACCUCUCAGAAACCAACGACCUCUCAGAAACCAACGACCUCUCAGAAACCAACCAGCACUCAGAAGCCAACGACGACCCAGAAACCAACGACCUCAGAGAAACCAACCAGCACUCAGAAGCCAACGACGACCCAGAAGCCAACCAGCACCUCUCAUGCAUCCACUGCGACUCGGGAAUUCAUCAACUGGUCCACAUCCACAAAUCCAGGAGCGCUGCGUUCAUCAACUAGUCUCUUACCUGUCUAUAUAGUCCCCAUCUAUAUGUCAAGCACAGCACCCUCCCUCGAUUCUUUGGUGAUACCGGGUGCACCCCAACCUUCAUCGGCUGGGCUUCUAGGUGGAGCAAGCAGUAUCAAAGCUGCCACGACCACACCACCAAUAUCGGCCUCUACGGCCAUACAGCCACCAAUAGCACCGGUGCCUACGGUGCCUAUAGUGGCUACAACUAGUCGUUUAGAUUUGGGAGCCAUUGCGCCCCUAGGAGGAGCAAGCAGUAGAAAUUCUUCUACAUCCACACGCAUGCUCCCAACCUCCAGUCCCAUCCAGCUAGCGAAUUCUACGCAGGCAAAAUCCAUGCUAGUACAGCCCCCCACGUCAGGAUCCAAGCCAGUGGUGACUGUAACCGAGCCUGUGAUUGUCUAUGUGACCAAAGGAGCACCAAGUCCCUUUUCUACCAGCAUUGUCCAUCAUGCAGCCAGUGUCAACAACUCAUCGGUGUCGCCAGCAAAACCAACGGGAACACCGUCCGUUGAACCAACAACUACGUCUUUGAAAUUUGUGACCAUUCAUUCCACUGCAACAUCGGUCGUUUAUGAGACUGUUUACCCAACAUCAUCACCUACUUCAUCGGUCUCGCUGGCCCCAACUGGGGGCCCUCCGAGUGUGAAUGCAGCGCCUAUAGGGACCGGCCAUGCCAAUGGAACGUCAGUUGUGCCUCUGGCUGUCAACUCGACAGCACCACCGCUUCCUUCUUCGUCUUUGCUGUUGUCGUCCUCAAGAGAAAUUUCUCCUGUGAUGACAGCUCACGUCACUUCCGCGAGUGUUGUUCCUCUGACAGUUUACCCACCUACAUCGUUGUCUUCUGAGUCUUUAUUGUUGCCGUCUUCAAGCGAGCUUGCUUCUACAGCAACGGUUCAUGUCACUUCCACAAGUGUUGUUCCAGUCACAGUCUACUCGUCAACAUCGUCAUCUCCUUUGUUGCCGUCCAGUGAAAUUGCUUCUACAGUGACAGUCCAUGUCACUUCCACAAGUGUUGUUCCAGUAACUGUUUAUUCGAAAACAUCGUCAUCUCCUCCGUUGUUAAGUGAGACUGCUCCUAGUGAAACUGCUCCUAGUGAAACUGCUCCUAGUGAAACUGCUCCGAGUGAGACUGCUCCGAGUGAGACUGCUGCUCCUAAAGUGACAGUCCACGUCACUUCCACGAAAACUCUCCGUGUAACCUUUUAUGGGUCGACUACUACACGAUCAGCGGAAGCUCCACACGCAGCAGAUCCCACAUCUACCGUGGAUGCCAAUAUCGCUGCCACGACCUCCAAACCAGACAAAGGCAUACUUAGUGUGAAUCCGAUUGUGCCGUCUGGCUUUAUCACAAUCACUGAGACUCUGACCGAGAUAAAAACAACGACGGUGACAGAUCGCAUUACUGAGACUGUUACUGCCACUGUCACUCGGGAUUAA